CAAGCCCAACGUCUCUAUAUAUACGUUGAUCGCUCUCCUGAUCCGAAAACCCUAGGUUUUCCUCUUUACGGCUGUUCUCGUCGUGCGUCGUCUUUCCCAGCAACCCUAGUUUCAGUUGAAGAACUUCUCUUUCCACAGCCAUGGGGAAGACACGUGGUAUGGGAGCUGGACGCAAACUGAAGUCCCACAGGGUGAGGCAAAGGUGGGCAGACAAGGCAUACAAGAAGUCCCACCUUGGCAAUGAAUGGAAGAAGCCAUUUGCUGGGUCUUCCCAUGCUAAAGGCAUUGUCCUAGAGAAGAUAGGAAUUGAAGCUAAGCAGCCAAACUCUGCCAUCCGUAAAUGUGCUAGGGUUCAACUGAUUAAAAAUGGAAAGAAGAUUGCUGCAUUCGUCCCUAAUGAUGGUUGCUUGAACUACAUUGAGGAGAAUGAUGAGGUGUUGAUUGCUGGAUUUGGACGUAAGGGCCACGCCGUGGGAGAUAUCCCUGGUGUCAGAUUUAAGGUUGUUAAGGUGUCCGGUGUCUCUCUUCUGGCUCUCUUCAAGGAGAAAAAGGAGAAGCCAAGGUCUUAGUUUAAUGUGAGCGGCUUAAAUUUUUAUUUCCAUAGUUUUGUUUUGAAGCAUUGGAACGCUACUCUAGACCGAUUGAGGAUUUUGUUCACCAUUUGCGUUAUCAACUUUCCAGUUAUGGUAUUGCAGUUUA